UGUCAGGAAUGGUGCAUUUGUGGUAUAAGUAGAAACAGCGAAUGGACUAAAUAUUUUAAAUUUUGGUUGGCUUAGAUUUAAAGUGACUGUUUUAAAUAGUGACUAAAUAUAAACGGUUAUUUAUUUUCUUUAAUUAAUUAAAGAAUGGUGUAGUAUGUGUAUAUAUGUACGUAGUAAAAGAUGCCAGGAGAACCAUCUAUAACUACUGGGAAUAAGGCAUCUGGAAAAAUCAAACGCAUUUCUAUUCCAAGAGUUCAAAGUAGUACAGAUACAGAAUUGCAGUCUCAAAGUGGAUCCACGCCGCUGCAACCAAACGCACUUCACUAUGCUGCCUUUCGUAUAGAUCCGGACGACAGUGUGCUACCCCCGACUUUACGAUGUAGACUAAUGGAUUUGUUUCAACAGAUUGAAAAGGAGUUUGAAAUUCUUUACACAGAGAAUUUGGGAUUGCAAGAGAAAAUUGAUGUUCUUAACGAGAAGCUUGAAAGAGAAUGUUAUGGUUCUGGAGAACGGAGCUUACCUCAUGGAGAUGUUGCAGACUUUCCAGAUACAAAAAGUUUUCCCAAGCAAAAAUCCAUGGCAGGAAAUUCAGCACAGAAGACGAAAACAACUUCCAAUAAGUUGAAGGCACAGACAAGUAAAAUAGUAUCCAGUUUUAAAACACCGACUAUGACUUGUAGUAUGCAAAGAGAAUAUUCCGGGCAUCGAGAUGGCGUCUGGGAAGUCUCGGUUGGAAGAUUAGGACAAAUUAUUGCUACAGCUUCUGCUGAUCAUGCUGCUAGGGUAUGGGCUGUAGAUAGCGGCCGUUGCCUUCUACAAUAUAUCGGUCAUUCUGGUUCUGUGAAUUCAGUACGUUUUCACCCGACUAAAGAAUUGGCUUUAACAUCCAGCGGAGAUAAUUCUGCUCAUGUAUGGCUGGUAGCCGUCGACUGGGACAUUCCCAAAAGACAAAAUUCAACCGAAGAUCUAUCAGCGUUGAACUCCGACAGAAACAUUAGCGGCGUCAUUCCCAUGAACGAGGAACUGGAAGAACCCCCUACCCUAAGAACCCCAGUACGAGAAUUGUUAGGUCACACCGGUGUAGUAAUGGCCGCUGAUUGGUUGCCUGAUGCGGAACAGGUCGUAACUGCUUCAUGGGAUAGAACGGCGAAUCUUUAUGACGUAGAAACCGGCGAAAUUAUCCACACUUUAUGUGGACACGAUCAAGAACUCUCCCACGUUUCUACUCACCAUACGCAAAGACUUUGCGUUACUUCGAGCAAGGAUAGCACUUUCCGUUUAUGGGAUUUCCGAGAACCCAGUCAUUCGGUUUCCGUUUUCCAGGCACAUACCGAGACAGUAACAUCCGCCGUUUUCACGCGCGAGGAUAAAAUCGUUUCAGGGUCGGAUGACCGAAGCGUAAAAAUAUGGGAAUUACGAAAUAUACGGAGUCCUUUGGCUACAAUUCGAGGCGAUAGCGCCGCUAAUCGGCUUGCAGUUUCUAGCACUGGUACUGUCGCAAUUCCACACGAUAAUAGACAAAUUAGGUUGUUCGAUCUCAGUGGUCAACGAUUAGCUAGAUUGCCUAGAACGAGCAGGCAGGGUCAUCGGCGAAUGGUUUCGUCGGUUGCUUGGGCAGAGGAUAGCGGUGUCUGCAAUUUGUUUUCCUCUGGUUUCGAUAGAUUAGUCCUUGGAUGGAGUAUUGUGCAUCUUAAGGAAUAUUGAAUAUACAUGUAUACAA